AUACAAUUAAAGGGUCUGCCAUAACACCUUUGUAACUGAUAAUUUUACGAAAUUUUGGCUUUCCAUUGAAUAAUAUUUAAUGUUCUAUUCUAACUAUAUUAAAUAUUCCAUUUAGGGUUUUAUACUUGUUAUGAACCAGCUACUUGAAUGUUUUUUCAAUUUUCCAGAAAGUAUGAAUCGAUUGGUACAACAUACGUAUCAAACUAGCAGAGCACCUUUGGAUUUUUCACAUUGUGAGUAUGCCAUAAUUUUAGGCUAAUUUUAUACCAACAUAAAAACAAUUCCGCUCCUUUCUUUACAGAAAAAAUGAGCGGAAAAUGUUUUAUGUUAGUAUAAAAUGAGCCUAAAAUUAUGUGAAAAAUCCAAGAGGCUCUGCUAGCUUGAUACGUAUGGUUACGUUAUUAUAACCGACCAUUCAUUUAAAUGAACUAACAACCCACACUAAAGGUUUGUUCUUUAAAACUUUUGAAUGCGAAGCCGUAGACGGCGAAGUAACAUUUCCGAUCUAGAGCGGAAAGAGCACCCCAUGAAUGCUGCUAAGCAAUCUUAUAAAAAUUAUCAAAGACUUAAUGUAGUAUUCAGAAGUUGUACCUGAAUACGGGAAAGCAAGGAGCAUAGUAUAGAGAGUCCAGUUCCUUUGGAUAAAACUAACCCUAUCAAUACCCAAAUGCAAAAAAAAUGACCAAGGACCUUGAUGCUCUCACUGGAACAAAGCCCUUUAGUACGUUUCAUUUUAUAAUGGUUAAACACAUAGUAAAAACAAAUGGAUAUAUAUCCAUUCUCUCAAAUAUAGUCUAACAAAAGAUAAAACAAUAUAAUAUGUGAGUAAGAAGGUCAUUCAGAUCUCAAAUUUAAUGUGGUAUAUCCGUAAAGGAAAAUAAUAGCCAUCCCUUUCUAGUACAAGCUUAUUUGAUUUGUGCAGUUUUCCUACUUGUUAAGGGGUGAGUAGUUAAUAUAAUUGCAGUAGUUCCCAGAAGUGCUUUAGAAUGCUCUGACCAGAGGUCAUUUUUAAAAACGAAACGUGACAAAUGUUUUCUUUGCAGGACAAAUUUGCAACAAAUAGGCGACAAUGUACCUUAACAUUUAAAAGUCGCAUAUUCUGAAAUGGUAGCGCUAUGUUGAUGGACGUUGCAGCGACGUUAUGAUUAUUGGCAUUGGCACAGGCCUAGUCGCAGCCACAACACAUGACACAACUAAAAGAACAUUCGCCGCAACCGCGUCGAGUGGCAGACGAAGACGAAGAAAACGGUGGACUCGUUACUCAGUAGUGUGCAUUUGUGCAGUAAGGUGGUCGCGAUUACCAGCUGAUGGUCGCAGGGCACUGACACUUCUGGUUUCUGGUCGGCUCUCGAUUUUGGGAAGAUCGACUGCCUUUUGCAUUUGCCUCAUCAGUGCUUUUGUUUUCGGUCUUUAAUCUCUACUCUCCGGUUCGAUGUAAAUUGUUGGCAACGGCCAGGAUACCAGGUGCUCGGAAAGAGACACACAGGACCGGGAUGCAAAAAAAGUGAGUGCGCCCACUAGCUCCAGUGGCACUAGUACUUAUUAAUGCGAAGUGCAUGUGCGAGCCGCGAUCUUAUUUCGCGGCGCAUUCUUGAACCUUCUAGCGAUGCUGACGGGGUCACCACGGUUAAUGCAGCCGCAGCCGAUGCCAAUAGGGCUGACAUGAUGGUCUAUCCGGACCCCCAAUGGACUUGUUCGGCAACGGCUCCCAUGCUCCAGCUCUAUGACGACGUCAGCUAUCGAGUUAAUGUGGUAGAAGCUUUACAAGAAUUUUGGCAAAUGAAACAAGCUAGAGGAGCAGAGUUACGUAAUGGCGCUCUUGUAAUAUAUGAAUCUGUCCCAUCGAAUGCUCAACCUUACGUCUGUUACGUAACAUUGCCCGGAGGAUCCUGCUUCGGUAGUUUUCAGAAUUGCCCUACGAAAGCCGAAGCACGAAGAAGUGCUGCCAAAAUAGCUUUAAUGAAUUCUGUAUUCAACGAACACCCCUCUCGAAGGAUAGCAGAUGAUUUUAUAGAAAAAGCUGUCGCGGAAGCAAGAUCGUCAUUUCAAGGUGAUAAUGAAGAAGCUGACAACCCAAAUACAGGUAUCGGAGCCUUUAGAUUCAUGUUAGAAUCAAACAAAGGUCGGACGAUGCUGGAAUUCCAGGAACUAAUGACAGUAUUCCAGUUACUCCAUUGGAACGGUAGCCUUAAGGCCAUGCGAGAGCGUCAGUGCAGUAGGCAGGAAGUGGUAGCGCAUUAUUCGAAUAGAGCCUUAGAUGACGACAUGAGAUCUCAAAUGGCUUUAGACUGGAUAGCGAGAGAGCAAGAGAACGCAGGCGCGCUUAGGAAAGAACUGAAUCAAGCAGAAAGAGAGCUCGAGUCUGCACGACUUGCCGGUCGAGAGCUUAGGUUUCCCAAAGAGAAAAAAGAUAUUCUUAGUUUGGCUCACAGUCAGCAUUAUUCAGUCAGGAUGACCGAAUGUGAGCGACUGUGUACGCCGUUGACCAUAAUGUCGAGUGUGGAUGAAUUAUGCUGAGGGUGAAAAAAUCGUCAAAUAAUAGGCUCCCGUUUAGUUUUAGGUUAAUAAAUUUAUGUUUAUUUUUUGUUACUAUUAUCACGUAAUUUUUCCAAACAUAUAUUACUUUUUAUUUAGAUUAUAUAUGGCCGUUUACGA